AUGAUCAAUGCGGUCCUGGUCUUCAAUAACAAUGGACAACCGAGACUGACUAAAUUCUAUACGCAGCUGGACACGGUCACUCAGCAAUCUCUACUGUCCCAGAUCUUUGCCCUGGUAUCUGCUCGACCAGCAUCUGCUUGCAAUUUUCUUCCUUUGCCUCCUUUAUUAGCUCCCACAGGAACAAACACCUCUCCCGAUGCUCCCACUCAGAUCACAUAUCGACACUAUGCGACCUUGUAUUUCAUCCUCAUAUCCACUGCCACUGAGUCCCCGCUUGCCUUGUUAGAUUUUAUUCAGGUCUUCGUCGAGGCCCUUGAUCGGCUCUUCGAAAAUGUCUGCGAGCUGGACCUUAUUUUUGGCUUCGAAACACUCCACGCUGUUCUUGGUGAAAUGGUCGUUGGUGGUGUUGUCGUUGAAACUGGUUUGGACAAGAUCGUCGACGGUGUCAGGCUCAGUGAAGGCGCCAAAGGCAAACGCAAAGCGGUCAAUUCCCGUGAUUCCGGUGUUUCUUUGGGAAGAGGCAGCGGAUUCGCAGGCUUGGGCUGGGCUACAGGAACAGGAAGCAGCUGGAGGUAG